UUUUUAAAACUUCUGCACUUCGACAGUGGUGGCAAAAUACACUAAGUCCAAAAGUUAUCUUUGUUUUGAGAAGAGGGGGAUUAUUUUUCCUUUUGAUUACAACCUUUUCUCCCCGUGACAAAGCAUAAAUCAUGGACAUCAGAAAAUAAGGUAGACCUCAGGAAUCCUGCAAAGACUGAGAAGCUUACAUUCCUCCUCAGGAGGAAAGAGUGGGGUGUUUUUAGCCCUCUCUGGAACCUAAAACGAAAAACAUGAGUUGCGUGCCAUGGAAAGGAGACAAGGCCAAAUCCGAAUCAUUGGAGCUGCCCCAGGCUGCACCCCUACAAAUCUACCAUGAGAAACAGCGCAGGGAGCUUUGUGCUCUGCACGCCCUCAAUAACGUCUUCCAGGACAGCAAUGCCUUCACCCGGGACACGCUGCAAGAGAUUUUCCAGAGGUUGUCUCCAAACACCAUGGUGACCCCCCACAAGAAGAGCAUGCUGGGAAAUGGGAACUACGAUGUGAACGUCAUUAUGGCAGCACUUCAAACCAAAGGCUAUGAAGCUGUUUGGUGGGACAAGCGCAGGGAUGUCGGCGCCAUUGCUCUCACUAACGUUAUGGGCUUCAUCAUGAAUCUGCCCUCCAGCCUGUGUUGGGGUCCACUGAAGUUGCCACUCAAAAGGCAGCACUGGAUCUGUGUUCGAGAGGUGGGAGGUGCCUACUACAACCUCGACUCCAAACUGAAGAUGCCUGAAUGGAUUGGAGGCGAGGGCGAGCUCAGGAAAUUUUUAAAACAUCAUUUGCGAGGAAAGAACUGUGAACUCCUGCUGGUGGUACCAGAAGAGGUGGAGGCCCAUCAGAGUUGGAGGGCUGAUGUGUAACACAGUUCUACCCAGCCUUCCCUCACCUCAACCCCCGAAAUCCUCUGUGAUGUGCUGUGGCCUCUACAGUGGGUCUGCCCUUGCCACGUCCCCAAACAUCUCAUCGGGUUUUUCCCCUCAGAUUUGACAGUGCAAUAGGACAGACGUGUAGACUGUUACAGAACCAACCAGCGUUACUUGUUCUGGGAAAGGAAAGUAGGAGCUCUGUGUGCUUAGGGCAAGCUAUGGAAGACUUUUGUUUUAUUUGAAAGAGAAAGAAAGGUGGGUCUUAGCUUAUUUCCCCGUUUCUCUGAGGACUUGCUGGAGUUCACUGCUGCUCUGACUCACCUGGAGAUGCUGCCUUCACUUCCCCUUUCCUGGCAACCAGUGGGUCUGAAGACA